GAGCCAUUGUAGCGCACUUAUAGAUUCACGCAUCAUACAAAUCACAAAUGAACGCUUCCAUUCCUCGAAACUGACGCAUUUGCUCCUGGCACUUUAUCACUACUACAAUAAAUACUACUCCAACCGACCAUCCAAAAUAUUCAAGAUGCCUGCAACCGUUCUUGGUCCUCAAGUAAAGCCAAUCGCCAAUCCCACAUCAACGGAAUGGAACCUCGCCAUUAAAGACACAGAUUACGACAGCGUGUUAAAAGGCUUCAAACCGCAACAGAUGGAAGACAGAUGGGUGUGUGUCGCCGACGGGCCAGAUGCUCACGGGAAUACGAUCCUUCAUGCCGCCAGGAGUUGGACAAGCGAAGAGCAAGUUUCGCUCACCAUCGAAGCUGGUAAAGAUGAUGUAGGGCCAAAGAUCGGAAAGCUCACUUGGGACAUAAGCGAGUAUGAUAGCGAGCAAGAGGCGAAGGAGCUGGCGGUCAAUAUUUGCAGGCAUAUCUUGGGGUGCGAGUUGGAGAAUGCCUAGGGGAUAUGGUGAGGCUGGAGUUCUAUUGUAUAGCCUUUACAGGAAAGACUUGAUGCUCUGAUUUCUGUUUCUUGUGAGAGUAUCGAAUUGGUGCAAUGUUCCAUAUGUAUUGUACGGCUGUCUCGUUUUCGAC